AUGUCAUUUGACGAAAAAUUAGAUUCAGGUCUCAAUCUUUUCCGUAGGCUUGAUCCAAAAUAUGUCAAACAAAACCUUGACAAUGUCUGCACGUUAGUACAAAAUGGUUCGGGCGACACUGAUCAGUUGACACUGGAGCUUCUUUCCUCAAUUGAUGUUCCCCUUGAAAGCAGAAAAUGCUCGGAAUCGGGCAAGGAAUAUCUCUGCUGUGACUACAAUAGAGAUGGUGACUCAUAUAGAUCCCCAUGGUCAAACAAGUAUUAUCCCCCAGUUACCGUCGAAGACGACGACGCUCCUCCACCUUAUCCUUCUGCUAUUCUCCGUGAUUUGGAGAUCAAAGCCAAUGAAAGUUUCGAUAUUUACAGAGAUCUAUACUACGAAGGCUCAGGUGUAUCUUCUGUGUACUUGUGGGACACUGCAGAGGAUGAAGGAGAGCCUACUCUGUUGGAAAAUGGAUUUGCAGGAGUUGUUUUAUUGAGUAAAGAAACAGACGACAAGCUGGGAAAGUGGGACUCUAUCCAUGUGUUUGAGAUUAUUCCCGAAACCUCGUCUACGGCAACUUACAACAUCACUACAUCUGUCAUUCUAGACCUUGCAUCCACAGCUUCGUCCCUUUCACUUUCAGGUUCCUUGACACGCCAGGUGGAGUCUUCACAGUCACUUUCUGUUGAGGGCGGUGUAAACUUGGAAACGUCCCAUCUCAUAAAUCUUGGUCAAUUGGUUGAGAAGGCCGAAUACAACAUUCGUAACUUGCUUCAAGAGGUGUACUUUGACAAAUUGAAGGAUAUAAUCGUUAAAGAUUUACGCAGCAUAGGUGGACGUGUCGACGAUACAAAGCAAGCUGAAUUGGUAAAGGGUCUUCAGGGAUUGUAA